AUGAGGAGGACCGGCACUCUCCUCGUCUCCCUCAUCCUCUUCCUUAUAUUCCCUCUUCAAUCAAUUCUUGCUUUUAAUUCUUCCACCACCCAAAUCUUGCAGGAUGUGUUAAAGAAAAUAUCGGCCAAGCACAAGUGGUAUUUGCAGGACAUCAGGGUUUCGAGGUUGGAUGCCAGCAGGGUUCGCUUCGGGAGCGCCCAGCGAUAUGAGUUCCGGGUCGGAUUCGGGAAGAUCCCCGUAGGGGUCUUGUUCUCCGACGACGUCUCUUCCUGGAAAAAGUUCAGGCAACCCAGAACCCAUUUCGGCUCUCUCGUUAAGGAGCUCAGCUCCAUGGCUGUAGUUGACACCUUCAAAGUGGAGGGUCCCUUUGAGUUACGGGUCGGCGGCACCCAUCACUUCUCCCUUUCAUUGCCGAUGAACACUACAUAUAGUGGGUUUAAAAGGGUUCUUGUUGGUAAAGGCAUCACUGUUGAAGUAAGUGGAGCUAUAGAAGUCUCUGUGUUUCAUGCAUCUGAUCUUGGUUUAUCAUCAAAGGGAAGUGGUGCUAUUGGCAAGGAGAAAAGUGAGUUUUGGCCUAUUUGGCAUUCGUACUGCACACCAUUAUUUCCUAUUCGUGUUUUAGGGCCUGCAACGUUGGUUGCAUACAAGACUCGAAAUCCUGAUGCCCACAUUGAGACCAAAUUUAUGUCCAAGGAGAUAAUUGAGUUCUUGCCAGAGAAGUGCUACAGAAGCCAUGCUUACAAGAAGCGGGCUUGCCCCAUUGAUUCUCUACGUUCGAGGAUAUCUAUGCUGGAAAGAAUUUGGAAAAGCUUUCUUGGUGAUAGAAUUCGCCAAAGCGGUUUGUCAGGAUUUGUUGAAGGGAAAAUCAAAGCUUCAACUGUUGUCCGUUUCAAGGUUGAGCUCGAAAGGGAAUUUCGGAGGAAUGGUGCACUCCGGGGCAAGGCAGGAUGGAGAACUAGGCCCACUGUUGAACGGGUUUGGUUUGAAGUUUUGGCAAGAGUGGAAUUUGGGAGGGUGAAGCCUCUCUUGGUUAAAAAGAUUAGGCCCUUCAUUGCAGCAGAUUCGGUUGCGUGGAGUAGUUUGAUGUCCAAUAUUUCCUUCACCAAGUCCUCAUCUGUCCUUGUACCUUCUGAGGCGCUAACGUUGGAUGUGAAGUGGUAG